UAUUUUAAAAAUUUACAAUGGAGCUGGAUGCUAGCCCAGGCAACCACGGUGUUACACAAAGAGAGAGAUGCAUCAUAAAGCGCCGAGUAAACAGGGAACACCACAGUAAUUUUAAUGCAGGCUACAUUAACAUUGACGAGCAGUACCUCCACAGAACUGGGAUAAGAGGUCGAAAAGUCUACAUACUGUAUUGCCUCAUCUUCAUUCUUGUUGUUCUGGCACUGCUGAACAUAUUGAUGACAGCUGGGAUCCUAUACAUGCUGAGAUUGACCCCAGCAGGAAUGGAAAUGUUGGAAUUUAUCCCCAACAACAAUCUGCUGCGAUUCCUGGCAGAUACUACUCUACCUUCAGUCAAAGUGUUCCAGGGAGGUGUAGGCAGCAGGCAUGCUUCAUCAUUACAGAUUGAUUCUGGCCAGCAGAUUAUAUUAAAUGCAUCAUCUUCUAAAAUAAAAGAUGUUGAGGGUGGAUUAGAACCAAAAAAGAUUCAAUUUCAUUCAGUGGAUGAAUUUGGUGUUUUGGACCGGGAAACUAAAGCCACUUUAUUCUCAUCCAAAUUUCAAACAUGGACCAAUGUUCAAAAUCCUGGAUUAAACCUGCAUGUUCCAUCUCUCUCCACUGGUCACAUACAGAGUAAGGCAGGAGUGGACAGAUUGGUUAUGGAGGCUAAUAGUAUGUACUUGACUGGGAUGGAAGGUUUUGACAUGCUGUCCCAGGACAAACACAUUCACAUCAACACUGGUCACAGUCUUCUUAUCCAGUCCAAGGUGGGUAAUAUCAACAUUGAAGCAUCCAACCAUGUAUUCAUCAGCAAGGAUAUCCAAAACAGCAGCCAGUUCUCUCCCAACUCUAGCAUACUAGUGUACAAAGUGUGUGUUUGCAUGCCAAGUGUCUCUAUUCACAAACUGAAGAGUAAUCUUGGGGAAAUUGGAGAUAUUUUGGAAGCUGACCAAGAUGAUUUGGAUUUUUUGAAAAAGUUUCUAAACAAUCCUGCUCUUAAAAACAUACUACAGGUAAAAGAUAAAUUAGAAGAUGAAAAUCCCCUGGAGCCUGUGACAGAGGAGAGUGCAGGAAAGCUGGCGACUGAUGCAGUCAAUGUCCUUGGGCCGUCAUUGGAUGACAAUGAACAGGCUCAAGAACUAGAGGACAUUUUGUCCAAUCCUCACCUAGGGGCAUUACUGAGGGCACAUGAUGACGUUGCUGAUCGUAACUAUGGUGACGAGGUGGAGGAGGAAUCCCAGCUGUUUUCUCCCCCUCCCCCACUUUCUAUGUUUAGUAACAUGCCUGACCAGGUUCGACUUGUGGGUAUUAGGAGAGAGAAAAAUGCUCCACUGGGAAUAACAGUGAAGAUAGAUGAGAGAGCUGAGUUGGUUAUUGCUCGUAUUCUAUCAGGCAGCAUGAUUGAUAAACAAGGUCUUCUGCAUGUGGGGGAUAUCAUUAAAGAGGUGAACGGAAUCCCAGUGUCCACUCCCGAGCAGCUGAUGGACAUUAUCCGCAGCACUGAUGCUGGGAUCACGCUGAAAAUCAUCCAGAAUUAUACUGAGCAGCAACCACAAGCCCAGAAAUAUGUGAAAGCACAUUUUAACUAUGAUCCUCAAAGAGACCGUUUGAUUCCCUGCAAAGAUGCAGGUCUACCAUUCAAAGAUGGGGACAUUCUCCACAUUAUGAGCACUGAAGACCCCAACUGGUGGCAGGCCAAGAUAGUAACUGAGGAUGUGGAUGGUCCCACGGGUCUGAUCCCUGCCCAGCAGCUGGAGGAGAAACGCCAGGCCUACGUACAACCGGAUUAUGACUAUUCGAAAAGCAGUCUGUUUUGUGGGCUGAAGAAAAGAAAGAAGAGAACCAUAAAAUAUUCAACUAGAAACCAUAAAGAUUUUGAUAACUGUAAUAUUACAAUCUAUGAGGAGGUAACCAGGAUGCCUCCAUUCCAGCGUAAGACAUUAGUCCUGGUAGGUGCCAACCAUGUGGGCAGGAGAUCCAUGAAGGAGCGCUUGAUUCGUGAUGAUCCCAGACGAUUUGGUGCUGUAAUGCCCCACACUUCGAGGGAACCCAGGAAAGGUGAAGAACAUGGAAAGGGUUACUUUUUUGAUACCAGAGAAAACAUGGAAGCAGACAUCAAAGAGGGGAAGUUUCUGGAGUUUGGGGAGUUUAAUGGAAACCUUUAUGGAACAAAACUUGAAUCCAUUCACUAUACAGUACAGCAGGGCAAAAUGUGUGUGUUGGAUGUUAACCCCACAUCACUGAAGGUCCUCAAGAAUGCAGAGUACAUGCCCUACAUUGUAUUCCUGGCCGCACCAAGUGCUACUGUCCAGGGACUGAUGUGGGAGGAAGGGCGAAGGAGGGGUAAAGCAGGGAAACAAGGGGGGCAGGUUGAAAUGCGGACGGAAAGAGAUUUUCUGAUAGCAGUUGAAGAGAGUGCUCAGAUAGAGCGUGUGUACAAACAGUAUUUUGACUUGACUGUUGUGAAUGAUGAUUUUGAGGAAACUUAUCGUGAACUGAAGAAAGCCCUGACGGAUUUAAGUGCAGCAACUCAGUGGGUUCCUGUGGAUUGGGUGUAUUAGUGAUCCACCUCAUAACCUCAUCCAACGCCAUUUCAAGUUAUAUCAUUUCUAUGCAGAAUUUCAUACAAGUUUUUAACCACUACUUAAAAAUGAAGAAAUCCGCCAUUGCUUGGAAAUGUAUACUUUAGUAGUUCUGGGUAAGUUACAGUUCUGGGUAUGUACAGUGUAUGUCUAUAAAUUGUUUUACCAUGUGACAAGGAUUGUAAUUUUUAAUUAGGUAAUCAGGAAAAUUGAUUAAUUGGAAAUUUGUCAUAAAUAAUUAUAUAAAUGAAAAGAACCAUAAUUUAGAGAUUUACAGAACGUGACUACAAUCAGGAAUUGUAUUGUAUACACAUACAAUGUAUAUUUUUGUAAUGUAUUUUCAUAACUGCAUCUUCAUGUGCUAUAUUUAUUUUUAGCAAGUAUCCAUAUAUAUGAUUAUAUAUAUUUACACCAUACUGUUUAUGAUUUAUGAAAAUUAUUUUCAAUGACUAUUUGGUGGGUGUGCUGUAGCUUUGUCAUGAACUUUUUACAGAUUUAAAUUUUGGUUGUGUCUCUGGCAAACAUGCAAAAUUUGAUUUUUCAUCUUUGUGCAAUAGAAAGGUUGUUGACUACACAUACAAUUUCUAUUUGAAGGUUGUUAUCUGAUGUAAUACCUUUUGAGACUAUGCCUUGUAUUUUUUUUUAACUUGUUUUACAAGCAUUGCUAACAAAAUAUCACUUGUGUAAUUGAUAUAGACUGCAUUGUAACAGGAUUGUUACAUGCAAUGUAUUUUCAUAUUUUCCACUUCGUUUACGAGUAAUAUUUAGAAUCUCAGAAUGCAUAUCAACCCAUAGGCAAAGGGGUUUCGUGGGAAAUUAGUUGUGCCUUAGCUUUACAGCAGAAAUAAUGGUGGCAUAGAUGUUUGAAACGCACACAGUGGGCAUGCUUGAUUUUCUUAAAUUUGUGUUUUUUCUUCUUAUAUAACUGGUACCUUCCCAAUGCCAAACACUGUCAAUUUUUCCCAAUAUGGAGGCUAAAUAUACCCAGUAACAACCUACAAAGUUGGCUUGUAAUUUGAUUUGUAUGAAACGUACGAGUUCUUCACUCCCUCUUCAAUAGAAAGUAGGUUAAUAAAAUGUGCUCAUUUGUAAAUUGUAAACAAUGAAUACUUGUUUAUUGUUUAAAGAAUGGUUUAUUCAGUGUUUAUUUUAAAACAAAUGCCAUUUAUUUACAUGAAAGAAAAUUCCCACUUUCUUUUAUUUUGAUGCAAUUUUUCCCAAUGGAAUAGGUAUUGGUACCAUUCCCAUACGGUAGGAAAAAAUGCUGACUGUUAAAAGGUUAAACUGAAUAAUCAAGUGUAUUUUUGUUUGGUAUAUUUUUAGUACUGCUGACAAAUUCUCCUCCCUCACCCCACCCACUCCCAAAUUAGUUUACAACUAAGGCAGAUCAGUACAUAUAAAAAUAAGCAUAUCUUUUAUUCAUACUUGUUGGAAAUGUAUAUAUCAAGAAGAAAACAACCACAGAUCUAGAUAAUUUUCUAAUGAAACUAGUUUCAUAUUUCAAUUACAAGUGCAAAUUUUCUCAGUUAUACAAAUAUAUUUGAUCAACAAUUUUAUUAUGUAAAAAGAUAUACUUCAUAUUUGUUGCUGGUAAAUCUAAAUGUCCAUGAUCAGGAUUGUAAAAUUUGCACAAAAAUCAAUUUGUCUUAAUUGUCGAUCCUACCUCUUGGUUUCUGCACUACUUUCAACACAACCAGUUGGAUGUAGAAAAGUGUAUAGCUCUCUAGAUUUCAUAAAAGUGUACACAGUAUCGAUAUAAGUAAAUCAAGCACACCUUGUACGACAUGCAUUCCAAAUGAAAUAUGUACUGUAGUUAUUAUGGGAACAAAUGUAUCAGGUUACUGGUGGUUGUGUCAUUUUAUAUCAUAAAUGUUAGUAUAUGUAUAUGUUUUGAGAGAGGAAAUUUUGAAAGAAGAAAAGUUUACUUCUUAAUUCCACUUAUUCAACAUUUACAUCAAAUAUCAAAAAAAAGUUUAUUUCCUGUCGGUAUUUACUCUUGGAACAACAUUCCACUGUUCAGAUGUUUGUUUUCUAUUUUGUACACUACAUAUUUUUGUGACAAGAAACCCAAUUUGUAGGGGAAUUGUAAGCUUUUUGUGUAGAUUGCACUUUUAUGAUAUGCAAUGUGCAGCAACAUACCAGUUAUUGUUUACAAUACCAAUUUAUUUUUAUGAUAAUUAAUAAAUGAUAGGAAUAUAA